CCGUGCGCGGGCUGGGGCGGCCCGGUUCGGGGUUUGGGCUUCGGCGGUGAGUCCGGCGCGGCGCCGCUCUGACCCCGCUGAACCGCGGAGCCCGGGAGCUGUAGCCUCGCCCCAGGCAGGCCGGGCGGAGUGGUGGGUGGGCUUUUUCCGCUUGCCCGCGCGGCGCCCAUCCAGCUCCCCUGCUUUAUUAUGGAUUGACCCGCGCGCCCGGGUCCUCAAGUCAAAGCAGAGCGUCGGCGUCCCCGGGAGGCCCCCGUCCCGGCCAGCCUCGUAGCUGACGCCGCUGAAGGGCCGGGGCUGGGUCCGGAUCCCCCGGGCCCGCCACCCUCCCCUGCCGGCUCUCCUCUCCGCAGCCCUCUGCCCUCGCCUCGGAGGGACCGGGAGCCGGUAUGGCGGGCAGCUCCCCGGCCGCCGGGCCCCAGCACCAGUGUUGUUUCAGGGCCUGCUGACCUUUGGGGACGUGGCUGUGCACUUCACCCAGGAAGAAGGGGCACGUCUGGACCCGGGGCAGAGGGCCCUGUAUAGAGACGUGAUGCUGGAGACAUACAGGAACCUGGCCUCCCUGGGAGUUCCAGGAUCCAAACCAGAUCUGAUCUCCCAGCUGGAGCAAGGAAAGGAGCCCUGGGGCUCGGACCUGCUGGGGGCCCAGGAAGGAGAGACCGCGGGAGACCCCAGCACAGAUUCCAGCUGGGGGUCUUUGCGUAAGCAGGUGACUGCGAGGGCGAAAAUGACUCAAGCUUCAGAGCCUCCAGAAGCAUCUGGAAGCUUCUCAGGGGUUGGGCCUCCAACACUGGUCUGCAGAGAAGCCGCCGGGUGCGAGGGCAGGCUAGGGAGCCUUGAGAACUUCCUUUUCCAGGAGAGACAACCACACAGAACCUACUGGACCAUCUCCAAAGCAGAAGGUGCCCAGAAAGGAGGUAAGUGGGGACCCGAACUUUUCCAUAGCCCGCGCCCCGGGACCCGUGAGAGAAACACGAAACGGCAGCGAGCCCACACGUGCGAAACAUGCGCCAAGAGCUUCCGGUACCUCUCGCGCCUGGUGAGACACCGGGCCACGCACAGCGGCGAGAAGCCGCACGUGUGCGGGGAGUGCGGCCGCGCGUUCAGCCAGCGCUCGCACCUGGUGCAGCACCGCAGCGCGCACGCGGGCCAGAAGCCACACACCUGCGGACAGUGCGGCCGCGCGUUCACGCGGCUCUCCACGCUGCACCGCCACCAGCGCGUCCACAGCGGCGAGAAGCCCUUCGGGUGCCAGUGGUGCGGGAAGCCCUUCAGUUACAGCACCCUCCUCGCCCAGCACCAGCGGAUCCACACCCGAGAGAGGCCGUUCCGGUGCGCGAGGUGCGGGAAGAGCUUCAUCUGGAAGUCCAGCUUUCGGAACCACCAGAAAUCACACCUGUGCAGCGAGGCAGCGUGGACCUCUGUAAGCUAAGCUCUGGAAGCAGCCGCUGGAGGGGAGAGCUUGGGACUCACUGCUACUCCAAGGAGCGCCUCGGAAGGAUGUCCCCGGGCACGUGGAGCAAGCAGUGCCAGAGCGAGACCGGCACGAGGGACCCGAUUGUUUCUCCACCCGCGAUCAACUUGUGCAUUUCGGGUCCUUCCCACGACCGGGGGCUGGCCCAGGCCUGCCUGCCCCGGCGGGCACCACCCGGUAGCCUGCUGGAUUCCGCGUGGCUGUGGCACUUCUUGGACAAAUUGAUGGUUUGAAAGUCACUAUUUUCAAGUGCAUCCAGAUUUUAUUUUUAAAACUUAAAACGUAGGUCUUUGUCUCUAUUUGCAUCAUAGGUGAGUUCUAAACGCCUUUGAAAUCCAGAUAGGCUACAGAGCUUUUGGAUAAUCAAUCUUUCUUCACACAGCAGCCCUGAGCACCUGGCGAAGGGCAUGGGUAGGUCACAUAACUCUAGUCAUCAUUUGGUUCUGGCUUGUUGUUUUCGGAUGCUGAUUUGUUGCAGGAGGAUGUGAUCCACCUAGGGCAGCUCAGCCCUUGCGCUGUUGGCACUGUAGCUUUCCUCACUCAGCUUCACUUUCCUGUAUGCUCACUCUUUGCUUGUGUCAGGCCAUAUGAAACACUGAGUGUGCAUGUCAUUUGAA